AUGAAUGCUGAGACUUGUGUCUCUUACUGCGAGUCGCCGGCGGCUGCCAUGGACGCCUACUACAGCCCGGUGUCGCAGAGCCGGGAGGGCUCCUCGCCUUUUAGGGCAUACCCCGGCGGCGAGAAGUUCGGCACAACUUUCCUCUCGGCCGCCGCCAAAGGGCAGGGAUUCGGAGACGCCAAGAGCCGGGGCCGCUACGGCGCGGGGCAGCAGGACCUGGCGGCACCCCUGGAGAGCGGCGCCGGGGCGCGGGGCUCCUUUAACAAGUUCCAGCCGCAGCCGCCGCCGCCCGCCCCGCAGCCGCCGCCGCCGCAGCCGCAGCCGCCGGCGCAGCAACCGCAUCUCUACUUGCAGCGCGGCGCUUGCAAGACGCCCCCGGACGGCAGCCUCAAACUCCAGGAAGGCAGCGGCGGCCACAACGCGGCCUUGCAGGUCCCCUGCUACGCCAAAGAGAGCUCCCUGGGCGAGCCAGAGUUACCGCCUGACUCUGACACGGUGGGGAUGGACAGCAGCUACCUCGGUGUGAAGGAGGCUGGGGUGAAGGGGACCCAGGACCGGGCCAGCGCCGACCUCCCCAGCCCGCUGGAUAAGGCCGACUCAGAGAGCAACAAGGGCAAGAAGCGGCGGAACCGAACCACCUUCACCAGCUACCAGCUGGAGGAGCUGGAAAAAGUCUUCCAGAAGACCCACUACCCCGAUGUGUACGCACGGGAGCAGCUGGCCAUGAGGACAGACCUCACCGAGGCCCGCGUGCAGGUCUGGUUCCAGAACCGAAGGGCCAAGUGGAGGAAGAGAGAGCGUUUUGGGCAGAUGCAGCAGGUUCGAACCCACUUCUCCACCGCCUAUGAGCUGCCCCUCCUCACCCGAGCUGAGAAUUACGCCCAGAUUCAGAACCCAUCCUGGAUCGGCAACAACGGGGCUGCGUCACCAGUGCCAGCCUGCGUGGUCCCCUGCGACCCCGUGCCUGCCUGCAUGUCCCCUCACACCCACCCCCCUGGCUCUGGGGCCAGCGGCGUCACCGACUUCCUGAGCGUCUCUGGGGCCGGCAGUCAUGUGGGCCAGACACACAUGAGUGGCCUGUUUGGAGCAGCGGGGCUCAGCCCAGGCCUCAACGGCUACGAGCUCAACGGAGAGCCGGACCGCAAGACCUCGAGCAUCGCGGCCCUCCGCAUGAAGGCCAAGGAGCACAGUGCGGCCAUCUCCUGGGCCACAUGA